AUGACUGUCGAAAUCCAGAAUGGCAUCAACCACAAGUCGGCCUUGCCUUUGGUGCAGAAGCUAUCCAAGGACCAUGACUUGGUGCUCAAGACAUUCCGGUUGCUGAUUGCCGACCUUUGCCAGCAGUUUAAUGGCGGACAUCCUGGUGGUGCCAUUGGUAUGGCGGCGAUCGGUGUUUCGCUGUGGAAGUAUGUGAUGCACUACGCACCCCAUACUCCGGGCUUCUUUAAUCGUGAUCGCUUCGUCUUAUCCAACGGACACACUUGCCUCUUCCAGUACUCCUUCCUCCACCUUACCGGCUACAAGGCCAUGACCUUCGAUCAGCUCAAGUCCUAUCACUCAGACCGCGUAGAUGCGUUAUGCCCCGGACACCCAGAGAUCGAACACGAGGGGAUCGAAGUCACAACUGGACCCCUUGGCCAAGGUAUCGCAAACGCCGUCGGACUCGCUAUGGCAACCAAGAACCUCGCGGCAACCUACAACCGGCCCGGGUUCGACGUGGUGAACAACCACACCUGGUGUAUGAUCGGUGAUGCCUGUUUGCAGGAGGGUGUUGGUCUCGAAGCUAUCUCUUUGGCCGGACACUUCCGCCUGAACAACCUCACCGUCAUCUAUGAUAACAACCAGAUCACAUGCGAUGGUUCUGUCGACCUCACCAACACUGAGGAUGUGAACGCGAAAAUGCGCGCUUGCGGGUGGAACGUCAUUGAUGUCACUGACGGAUGUUUCGAUAUCGAGGGUAUUGUUAGUGCGCUUGAGCAGGCUCGUGCAUCUACCGAUAAGCCCACUUUCAUCAAUGUCAAGACUGUUAUCGGCCUGCACAGCAGCGUCGCUGGUACUGCUACCGCUCACGGUGCUGCCUUCGGUGCCAAGAGCAUUGUCGAUAUGAAGACUGCGUAUGGCUUCGACCCGGAGGAGCACUUUGUCAUUGGUGACACUGUGCGCCGGUUCUUCCAAGGCCUGCCCGAGCGUGGAGAGCAAUGGGUCCAGGAAUGGGACCAGCUGGUAAAAGACUACUCUGCUCAGUAUCCCGAACUUGGAGCUGAGUUCCAGUCUCGUGUUCGUGGCGAGCUUCCUGCGAACUGGCAGGAGAAGAUCCCAGCCAGCUUCCCAGACAAGCCCACUGCUACUCGUGCUGCGUCCGGUCUGGUUUUCAACCCUAUCGCUAAAGAUGUGAAUUCUUUCAUGGUCGGCACUGCAGAUCUCUCGCCAUCAGUGAACAUGAUCUGGCCUGGCAAGGUCGACUUCCAGCAUCCCGACCUCCGUACGAACUGCGGCAUCAACGGCAACUAUACCGGCCGCUAUAUCCACUAUGGUGUGCGCGAGCAUGCCAUGGCCGCCGUCUCAAACGGUCUGGCAGCAUACUCCCCCAACACCAUCAUCCCAGUAACCUCCACCUUCUUCAUGUUCUACCUAUACGCCGCCCCGGCAGUGCGCAUGGGCGCCCUCCAACACCUCCAGAUCAUCCACGUCGCCACACACGACUCAAUCGGCAUGGGCGAAGACGGACCAACCCACCAGCCAAUCGAGCUAGCCAACCUCUACCGCGCCAUGCCAAACCUGCUCUAUAUCCGCCCCGGUGACAGCGAAGAAACAGCCGGCGCAUGGCUCGCCGCCAUCGGAGCUAAGAAUACCCCCAGUAUUAUCUCUACCUCCCGUCAGACUCUACCUCAGCUCUCCCAAACCCGCCGCGACGGCGUCGCCCUUGGCGCAUAUGUCCUGUCAGAGGACGAGUCAGCUUCGGUCACUCUCAUCGGUGUCGGCGCCGAGCUUUCCUUCGCAUUGGAAGUUGCCGAGCAACUCAAGGCACAGAAGGGUAUCACAGCCCGUGUUAUCAGCUUCCCUUGUCAGCGCCUGUUUGAGAAGCAGUCUCUCCAGUACAAGCGUGAUACCCUGCGCCGACACCGCAGUAUCCCCGCUGUCGUUAUUGAGCCCUAUGCUCCUAACGGAUGGGAGCGGUAUGCAGAUGCGGGCAUCCAUAUCACACGCUUCGGUCACAGUUUGCCGGGUAAGGCUGCGUACAAGUUCUUUGGGUAUGAGAUUGAGACGAUGACUACUAAGGUUGCAGGUUAUCUGGAGCAGAUUAAGGCUGAUGAGCUGCUUCGGGGUGAGUUUGUUGAGCUUUGA